AUGACAACUCCUUCGACUCAGCGGGCGGUCGUGCUCGAGGAGUUUGGUAAACCAGUAUCCGUCGUCAACAGGCCCAUCCCAGAGGCCAUCCCAGGCAGCGUCGUUGUCAAAGUCUACGCAGCGCCGCUUGCUCGCUAUCUGCGGACCUUCUACGAUGGAACAAUCCCCGCACCGAGGCUCAACCCUCCGUUCGUCCCCAACCCUGGCGCCCUGGGCCGCAUCUACAAGGUUGGCAGCGGCGCCGUCAAGCUCAACGUGGGAGACCUGGUGUACGUCAGUACGGCCCUUGUCGGCCGCGAUGACCCAAACACCUUCAUCCUGAUGGGCCACAUCAAGGGCAACCCCGGGCCGAACACCGACAGGCUGGCCGAGGGUGACUUCCGCGAUGGCUCGUUCCAGCAGUACCAGCGAGCGCCCCUCGAAAACGUCUUUCCGAUCAACGAGCGCCGCAUCAAGGAGCUGGGUAUCGACCCCAUCAACUUGGUGUCCAUCUCGGGCUUGUCUGUAGCGGCUGGGGCAGUAUUUGAGGCGGGCGAUGUCAAGGUCUCGGACACGGUCAUCAUCGGCCCAUCUGGCGGCACGUAUGGAGGCAACGCCGUUGAGUUGACUCUCGCGGUGGGUGCCAAUGUCAUCGCCCUGGGACGAGACGAGGAGAAGUUGGCCGAGUUGAAAAACAGGCUCAAGAGCCCCCAGCUCAGCACUGUUGUCAUGACUGGUGACGUGGAUGCCGAUGCUGCAAACAUCAUCGCUGCCACGCCGGGAGGCGAAGGAGCCGACGUCUACAACGACUGGGCCCCCGGCGGUGUCCCGAGUGCGCCGUACCUGCCCGCUGCUGAGCGUGCGCUCAAACGGGGUGGACGCAUCGUCCUGAGCGGCGGCGCCUAUGGCCACAUCGAAGUUGGGUACAUUUCGAUGAUUCUGAAGAAGCUUAGGGUUGGGGGUUCGUGGAUGUGCAACCGUCAGUCUAUGGAGCGCAUUGUUCGGAUGAUUGAGGACGGGAGGAUCAAUCUGGGGCCAGACAGUGGCAUCCAAAUCAAGAGUUUUGGGUUGGAUGAGGUGCAUGACGCUGUGGAUCAUACCGAGAAGGCGACUCGCUGGAGAAACAUCACCAUUGUUGCUCCGAAUGCAUUUGAUGGCUAG